GGGGUGAUUUUAGAGGAUUUCAUUGAGGGGGUGAUUUUAGAGGAUUUCAUUGAGGGGGUGAUUUUAGAGGAUUUCAUUGAGGGGGUGAUUUUAGAGGAUUUCAUUGAGGGGGUGAAUUUAGAGGAUUUCAUUGAGGGGGUGAUUUUAGAGGAUUUCAUUGAGGGGAUGAUUUUAGAGGAUUUCAUUGAGGGGGUGAUUUUAGAGGAUUUCAUUGAGGGGUGA